AUGGCACCCAAGAAGAAGCUGCAAGGCCUUGUGGCGGCCACGGUCACCCCCAUGACUCAAAACGGAGAAAUCAACCUGUCUGUGAUUGGCCAGUAUGUGGACUAUCUGAUAAGCGAGCAAGGUGUGAAGAAUGUAUUUGUGAAUGGGACAACAGGAGAAGGUCUGUCCCUGAGUGUUCAAGAGAGGAAAUGGCUUGCAGAGGAAUGGGUGGCCAAGGGGAAGGAUAAGCUGGAUCAUGUCAUUAUUCAUGUGGGGGCCCUGAGUCUGCCAGAAUCAAAGGAACUGGCAAAGCAUGCUGCUGAAAUAGGAGCAGACGGCAUAGCUGUCAUUGCCCCGUUCUUCUUCAAACAGGUGAACAAAGAUGGGCUUGUUGCCUUCUUGCAUGAUGUGGCAGCUGAAGCUCCAGACGUCCCGUUUUAUUAUUACCAUAUUCCUCCCUUGACUGGAAUAGAAAUUUGUGUUGAAAAGCUACUAGACGGGAUGAUGGAGCAGAUCCCCACCUUUCAGGGGGUGAAGUUCAGUUGCACAGACCUCUUCGACUUUGGACGGAGUAUCAAGAAAAAUGACCAAGGCCAGUUGGUGCUUCUGUAUGGUGUGGAUGAGCAACUCUUGAGCGCACUGGCCAUGGGAGCGGACGGGGCAGUUGGCAGCACAUAUAAUUACCUGGGCAGGGCAAAUAACUUACUACUGGAAGCUUUCAGUAACGGAGAUAUUGUCUUAGCACAAAAAUACCAGUUCUCUAUUCAGGAUUUCCUCAGCUUUGUAUUUGCACAAGGCUUCGGUGUUCCACAGACCAAAGCAGUGAUCACUUUGGUUUCGGGGAUAGCAAUGGGUCCCCCGCGGCUUCCCUUGUCGAGAGCCUCUGAGGAAUUCAUUGCCAAAGUAAAAACCAGACUGGAGAGUGUGAAGAACUGCCCGUACAGUUAA